UCUACUGGAAUUACUUCCACAAGAGAUGCAAACAAUACGGAUUAUAGUAAUUUUAUUCUUACAUUUCCUCGCUGCAAAUUUUGGGUUAGAAAAUGGCCCAAAUCCAUCUGAUCUCCCAAAGCAAAACAACAACCAGACACAAGCCACGGCUCAAGGUACAGAAACAGAGAAAGACAACGGGACUCUGGUGCUACAAGGUCGGCUCGCAGAAACCCAGCACCCCGAGCUCUCCGCCUCCAGACUCGCACAUCCCUGUACUCCCCCCUCAGCGUGCGGCACACUAGAGUCAAUGGCUGCCCGGAGACCUACGGUGCUGAUCAUUGGAUCAGGAAUAUCCGGCCUCGGAGCAGCGCAGAAACUACACAAACACGGCUUCAGGAAUCUGAUAGUAUUAGAGGCGACAGCAAGAACCGGAGGUCGGAUACGCAGCGAGAAAUUCGCAAAUGGUCUGGUUGAGAUUGGUGCUCAGUGGAUUCAUGGACCAUCUCCUGAAAAUCCUGUGUUCCAGCUCUCCGCCCAAUACAACUUACUUGGCCCAGAAGCCCUCCUUGAAGAGAAUCAGAAAGUGGAGGUAGGAGGUCACCCCAGUGGCGUUCAUAUCAUCUACAGCAGCUCUGGCAAACAGGUCAGUCCAGAGUUGGCUAUGAGUGCUGAGGAGCUGUAUUCAUCAAUCCUUGAGAGGAGUAGAAACUUUACGCAAGGUGAGUCUCAUGCAAAUGCCAGUGUAGGAGGUUUCAUAAAACAGGAGGUUGCUCUGAGUGCUAAAGGAUGGGACAGAGACGAAGCUGAUUUGAAGAUGGCUUUUUUGAAGACAUUGUUAAAACUUGAGAGCAGUGUUAGUGGGACGCACACUAUGGACGAUGUGGCACUCGGACCCUUCGGAGAGUAUAAAAUGCUGCCAGGGCUUGAUUGCACCUUUCCUGGGGGCUAUGAAAGCCUUAUAAACAGCAUUAAAUCAACACUCCCUGGUGAUAUUUUCAAGCUGAACAAAGCUGUGAAAAACAUCCACUGGAAUGGGUCCUUCGAAGACAGCAGCUCUCGCUCAUAUCCUGUACAGGUGAAGUGCGAAGAUGGUGACACUUUUGUAGCAGAUCAUGUCAUUGUCACUGUCCCUCUAGGAUUCCUGAAAGAACAAAAUGCAAGUUUCACGAACCCUCCUCUCCCUCCCCGGAAGGUUCAGGCAAUUCAGAACUUGGGAUUUGGAACAAAUAACAAGAUCAUCAUGGAGUUUGAGGAACCAUUUUGGGACCCCCUGUGUGAAUACAUAAUGCUGGUGUGGGAAGGAGAGUCCCCGCUAGUAGAGCCACAACGGGAUAUGCGUCGUGAUUGGGUGAAGAAACUUUCUGGAUUUGUGGUACUGCAGCCACCUGCACAGCUCGGCCAUGUGCUUUGUGGUUUUAUUGCUGGUGAGGAGGCUGAGUUCAUGGAAACACUGACAGACGAAGAGCUUCUCUCCUCAAUGACUUCUCUGCUGAGACAGUUCACAGGAGAUCCUAAUCUCCGCCCCCCUGUACGCAUCCGGCGCACGCGCUGGCGCAGUGAGACCUACACCCGAGGCUCCUACAGCUAUGUGGCAGUUGGCAGUUCCGGGAGGGAUUCAGAGAUUCUUGCGCAGCCACUACCAGAGGAGGGAGACACAGCCAAGCCCCUGCAGGUUCUCUUUGCUGGAGAAGCAACGCACAGAACCUUCUAUUCUACAACUCAUGGUGCUUUGUUAUCUGGCUGGAGAGAAGCUGACCGUCUGAUUGGGCAGUAUCCUGGGCUGGACUCCUUACUUAGCAAAGCCAAGCUUUAAAGGCUCCUGAGUGAUACAUUCUCAUUUACUGUACUGUUUGUUGUUAUUGUUUAAACAUUCUAAUGUGCCUAUCUUUUGACUGUUAGAUUUUAAAAGCAAAACUGCGUUUAAAAUGUUAAGGGGGAGAAAAGUCAAAAUUUAACUUAAAUGUGUUUGAUAAAGAAUGAAAUUUAAAGCUUUUCAAUUUACUUUUA